CUUUUAUUUCACUUCAACAAACAGUGAACCAACUAACAAUACAGAUUAGAACCGUUAUCAAACGAUAAGGAUUAUUUAAGUGAAUGAUCUUGGAACGCACCUUCACUUUUAUAGUGACCUGCAGUGCGGAAGUCAUCGAAUAAUCAAAAUGGCGACUCCACCGACAGAUUUGCAGACCCUUAGGGACCUUGCGACCAAGAUUAGGAUACACAGCGUAGAAUGCACGGCGGCCGCCAACUCCGGUCACCCAUCGUCCUCCUCUUCGAUCGCCGAGAUCCUCUCGGUGCUCUUCUUCAGGACGAUGCGUUACAAAGUAUCCGCCCCGAGGGAUCCAUCCAGCGAUCGCUUCGUCCUGUCCAAAGGCCACGCAUGUCCGGCUCUAUACGCCGCUUGGGUGGAGAACGGCCUGAUUCCGGCAGAGGAACUCAAAAAACUUAGACAGCUAGGAACCGACCUCGAAGGUCACCCGACGCCCAGGCUGAAUUUCAUUGACGUAGGUACCGGUUCUCUUGGUCAAGGACUCGCUGUAGCCGCUGGUAUGGCUUACGUGGGGAAGUUCGUCGACAGGGCUAACUACAAAGUUUACUGUUUGAUUGGAGACGGUGAGAGCGCCGAAGGUUCCAUUUGGGAAUCGAUUGCGUUCGCGAGCUACUACAAACUGGACAAUUUAGUGCUAAUCAUCGAUGUAAAUCGUCUUGGACAAACCGGUCCUACCAUGCUUGCGCAUGAUGUUGACAUGUACAAGAGAAGAUUGGACGCUUUCGAUUUCAAUACGGUAGUAGUUGAUGGCCACAACGUGGAAGCUUUGGUACAAGCUUUCGAAAACGCGAAUACAGUCAAACAGAAACCCACUGUGAUUGUAGCCAAAACAUUCAAAGGUAGAGAUUUCCCGGAGAUCGAAGACCAAGAAAACUGGCACGGUAAACCUUUGGGUGCCAACACUGAAAAAGUGUUGAAACACCUCAGGUCACUAAUAAAGAACACAGGCCAACUGAAAUACAACAUUCCUUCACCUCUCUCUGAAGUGAAGCCAGUAGACAUUUCCAACGUCAGGCUCUCUUCUCCUCCGUCUUACAAACAAGGAGAAUUAUUAGCCACUAGAGCCGCCUACGGCAAGGCUUUGACCAAAUUGCUAGCCUCCAAUUCAAGGAUCCUGGCCUUCGACGGCGACAUGAGCAACUCCACAUUCUCAGAAGCUGCGAAGAAGAAUGGACCAGCCAAUUACGUCGAAUGUUACAUCGCCGAACAAAACCUCGUCGGUGCCGGUAUCGGAGCAGCCUGCAGGGACCGCACCAUCGUUUUCCUCUCCACCUUCGCUGCCUUCUUCACCAGGGCUUUCGAUCAGAUCCGUAUGGGAGCUAUUUCCCAAUCAAACAUCAACAUUUGCGGUUCUCACUGCGGAGUGUCCAUUGGCGAGGACGGCCCCAGCCAAAUGGCCUUGGAAGACAUCGCCAUGUUCAGAUCGAUCCCAGGCAGCACUGUAUUCUACCCAUCCGAUGUGGUGGCAACCGAAAGAGCCGUCGAACUCGCGGCUAACACCAAGGGCAUCACCUUCAUUCGUACGGCUAGGGCGCCCACUGCAGUAUUUUACUCAAACGAUCAAAUUUUCCAAAUCGGCAAAGCCAAUGUUGUUUUCUCGACAAACAACGACCAAGUGUUGGUAAUAGCGGCGGGCAUAACCCUUCACGAAUCUCUCAUAGCGGCUAACGAACUCGCCAAAUCUGGAAUCGGUAUUCGUGUCAUGGACCCCUUCACCAUCAAACCGAUCGACAAAUUUAGCAUCAUUCAAAACGCGCAGGCCGUCGGCGGCAGGAUAUUGGUCGUGGAAGAUCAUUACCCCGAAGGAGGCAUCGGGGAAGCCGUAUUAUCGGCCGUUGCCGAAGAAAGGAACAUAUACGUCAAGCACGUCGCCAUACCGCGAGUGCCGCGAUCCGGAAAGCCCGCGGACUUAUUGAACUAUUACAAAAUCGACGCUACUAAUAUCAUCGGGCACGUACAAGAAGUUCUUAAAAAAUGAUAACUGUACUUACACCUAGCAAUAUACAAGACUUAAAUAUAUUUUUAUUAAUAUAUUUUAGGCCUCUAUUUUUUUGUAUCUAUCAGAAUAAACUUGCAUUCUCAGCAGUCUAUUAAAUUA